GCGGAGGAGAGACUAAUUUCUCAGCUCAGCCAAUCAGAGGCAGUGAUGAAGCGCCGUGGCGCUGACGUGUGAAGGAGGCGGGGACUGGUAACCUGGUAACCGCUCUAACAGUGCUGAUAGGAUGGCGAUGCGGAAGAAAGUGAAGUCUAAAGAGAGCAACAAAUUGGUGAUCGCAUCAGUUGCCUUUCAAGACCACAUAACACGGAGCCUGCUGCAUCCAGAUUUGUCGCUUUCUGACCCUUUCCCGAGACAUAUCAGAAAAACAUCCAGAGAUGCCCACGCAAGAGAAAGAGUGAAGGGUCCGCAAAGACGAGAUGGACAAGGAGAGAGAGAAUAUGUGCUUGAUCCUGAUCCACCUUCUUUAAUGUUAGCUCAGAGGUUGGGUUUGGUGGCCUCCCCUGGAGAGAGACUGACAGAGGAUGAAUGGGCUCAGGUCAAGGCGAGGUCUGUUCAGCAGGAGGAAUCAGCUCAGCCCUGUGCAAUAUGCAGGGAGGAGUUUCGCCUUCAGCCUCAGGUGUUGCUGUCUUGCUCUCACGUUUUCCACAGAGCAUGUCUGCAGGCUUUUGAGAGGUUUUCUGGGAGGAAGUGCUGCCCGAUGUGCAGAAGAGAUCAAUAUGAAACACGGGUGAUCCACGAUGCAGCUCACCUUUUCAGACAUCAGUGCGCCACCAGGAUUCAAGCAUACUGGCGAGGCUAUAUCGCUCGGAAAUGGUACAGACAUAUUAAUAGAACCACCUGCCCAAAAGACAAAAACCUGAGACGCAAGUUCUUUGAAGCAAGGUUGCAGGAGUUGAAUGACAGCUUUGUCCGAUACUGUCACACCGACACGGAGGCUUUUCUGAGUGAUAUCGACCGCUCACUGUCAUCAAGCAGACGAGUGUUCCAGCAGCUGGAGAGAAAGAGCAUCUCCGAACCUCAGGAGAACGACUGGGACCGAAUAAAGAGCCAGAUUAUCCAGAGAGGCGUCUGGGACUGCCCCAUCUGCCUGACUGCACUGUGCAACCCCAGCAUCCCAACGCAACCUGAUGAAUCCAACCCUCAACAACGCAGGCGCACCGUGCUGCUGUCCUGUUCCCACCUUUUCCACCAGCUCUGUUUGGAGGCCUUUGAGACCUUCGCUGCCUUCACUGAGGAUAGGAGACCUACAUGUCCGUUGUGCAGAUCAGCCUACCAUAAAAAACUAAUCUAACCAGGUAACUAUCCUGUAAGCCUAAAUACUCUUUACUGCAUCAUCGUUUAGUGGCAGAAAUCGCCGACACAGUUACGCAUGUUGCAAACUGUCCUUCAGUGUCUAGCAGAGUUACAUGACAAGCUCAGCAUCUCAUGUCUAAGGCAAUUAGCUAAACUCAGGUUAAAAAUGAGCAGGAGGAGAAAACGGCUAGUGUCUCUCUACAAGUUAAAUAAGACAUGAAUCAAACCACAACCUGUAACAUGAACCUACCACCUCUCAGGGUUACUGAACACAUCGCACCCCUCAUGUUUAAUCUGCACAUAAACAAGAAAUGUAAAAAUGACAGUUACAUUGUGCAUUAUUUGCCAAACAGCAGCCAGGCAGACUGUAACAGGCAACCGAACGUUGUUUGACAAGACAUAAUUACACCCCAUUAAACCACAAGCUGUCAUCUUUACAUUGUUUAUUUGUGGAUUAAACAAGUGAGAUGUUGUGUGUUAGUGAGCUUUAGGGGUGCUGAUAAGUUGUUUGUUUGUUACCUUUGGACAGAACCAGGCUAGUUAAUUCCCCUGUUUAUAGUCUGUAUGCUAAGCAAAGCUAAUCACAUCUAGAUCCAAAUGUUAAGGCAUAAACAUAAGCUCUUCUA